AAGUUAGGAUUCCUUAAAGUCAUGUCACAUCAAAAUUUCUUCCAAAAUCAAAGUCAGCUAAAGCCAGUGGGGUUUCCUCUCUUCAGUAAGUCGACUGCUUCUGCACGUUCUCCUCCCAUCAGUUUCGAUUCAACGCGUUGAUGGCGUUUGCUUUAUUACCUCUGAGAACUGCUCACUUUGAAUUGGGUAACUAAUUGCGAUCUGUUGUAAACAGUUUCUGUGUCCUACUCAAUCUUUAGGAUGUUAAGAACAAAAUUGAUUUUAGUUUUCAGCCUUAUGGCCCUUGCUUUGUCUCUCUGUCCUGAUGCCUGUAUGGCUAGAUGCAAAUACAAGCCUUGCCCCCCUUUUUCUUCUUGCGGUAACCUUAGUAUUACAUACCCUUUCCGAUUGAAUACCGAUCCUGUUAAGUGUGGUUUUCCAGGGUAUGAACUAGUAUGCGAGAAUAAUCGCACAACUUUCGUUACAGAACAGGGCAAAUUCUUUGUUGAGAAUAUACAAGAAACAGAUUCUUUUUAUGGUACUUUUUAUGAUAGUUCUGGUACAGUCCGAGUGAUCGAUACCAGUCUUCGGAGGGAUAAGUUCUCCAUUCCUCGUAGUCCCCUUCUUGGUGUCCGAUUUUAUUUUGAGAAGUACAACACUAUGUAUGUUCUAAAUUGCAAUACACCAAUGAACUCAUCACUUUAUGUUGAUGCCUCAGCUUGCACCAAUAGAUCUUCCUCUCCAUAUACCUACUUUUUUCUCCAAACAAAGGCAUCUGAUUUCAAUGAGUCGUGCACAAUUGAAGCCGAGUUUCCGUUUGGGCUGUCUAAUAUCACAGGCCUCUCUGCUUCUGAUAUCUAUCAUAAGCUGCUAGAGGGCUAUGAAAUCUAUUGGUAUUGGUACGACGACUGCCCCCGGGGACUUCAAUUGAAGGUGAUAUUACAAUCAGUGGAGUAUGCGUUGGAUAAUUUUCUGGACAGCUUUAUAUUUUUCCUUCUGGGCGGCCCCCAUGUAAAGCAUAAUACGAAAUUUCCACCACAUAGAACAUAUAUCAUAUGUCUUCUAACAACAGCUUGCACCAAUAGAUCUUCCUCUCCAUAUACCUACUUUUUUCUCUUCAAUCAUUCCCAACAAAAGUCAUCUGAUUUCAAUGAGUCGUGCAGAAUUGAAGCCCAAUUUCCGUUUUCGAAGUCUAAUAUCACACGCCUUUCUGCUUCUGAUAUCUAUCAUAAGCUGCUAGAGGACUAUGAAAUCGAUUGGUAUUUGGAAGACGAGUGCUUCUUCUGGCAAGACGAAAAUACAUUGAAGGAGAUAUUACAAUCAGUGGAGUAUGCGUUGGAUAAUUUUCUGGACAGCUUUAUAUUUUUCCUUCUGGGCGGCCCCCAUGUAAAGCAUAAUACGAAAUUUCCACCACAUAGAACAUAUAUCAUAUGUCUUCUAACAACAGGAGCAAUUAUAUUAGCUAGAGCUCUGCUUGGGAUAUCCAUCUUGCUUGCACUCAUUGUGUACAAAUUGAGGAGAAGACAUUUGUCUGUGGAUGAUACACUUGAAGAGUUCCUUCAAAAGCAGAAUAACUUUAUGCCUAUUAGGUACACAUAUUCAGAAAUAAAGAAGAUCACUGGAAGUUUCAAGAAUAAAUUAGGUCAAGGAGGUUAUGGUUCAGUUUUUAAAGGAAAGCUUCGAAGUGGCCAUUUUGUAGCAAUAAAAUUACUGAGCACUUCAAAAGGUAAUGGCCAAGAUUUCAUCAAUGAAGUUGCUACCAUGGGAAGGAUUCAUCAUGCUAAUGUCAUGCAACUGAUUGGAUUUUGUGUUGAAGGAUCUAAGCAAGCCUUAGUAUAUGACUUCAUGCCCAAUGGGUCUUUGGACAAAAUCAUAUUUUCAACGCAAAGCAAUAUGUCUUUAAGUUGGCAAAGAAUGUUCGAGAUUGCUCUUGGGGUGGCUAGGGGGAUUGAAUACUUGCAUAGGGGAUGUGAAAUGCAAAUUUUACAUUUUGACAUCAAGCCUCACAAUAUCCUUUUGGAUGACAAUUUUGAUCCAAAAGUUUCUGACUUUGGCCUUGCAAAAUUGUAUCCUAUAGAUGACAGUUUUGUAUCUCUCACAGCAGCUAGAGGAACACCAGGAUAUAUUGCUCCAGAGUUAUUCUACAAGAAUAUUGGAGGUGUCUCAUACAAGGCUGAUGUUUAUAGUUUUGGAAUGUUGUUGAUGGAAAUGGUAGGAAAGAGAAGGAACUUUAAAGAAUUUGUGAACCAAUCAAGUGAGGUAUACUUCCCAACAUGGAUUUAUGACCAAUUUGAUCGAGGCGAGGAUAUAGAUUUGGGAGAUGUUACAAAUGUUGAAAAGAAUAUUGUGAAAAAGAUGGUCAUAGUUGCCUUAUGGUGCAUACAAAUGAAACCUGUCAUUCGCCCUUCAAUGACCAAAGUCUUGGAGAUGCUUGAGAGUGAAAUUGAGCUCCCGACAAUGCCUCCCAGGCCUUGUUUAUUUCCUUCUGAAUUGCCAACUGCAGAUCAUGCUAGUAUAAGUCUAGCAGCCAUGCCAACAAUGUCUCUUGACGCCAGAACUUAAUGGUCUCAAUCAAAUGUGUUAUUAGGUAAAUUUUACUGUUAGCAAGUGCUGCUUAUAUGCCAAUAUCCAGUAUUGUAGACUUAGAAAAUGGCCACUUUAAAACUGUACUUUUUUAAUUUUUUGUAAAAUGUAUUAAAGUUUGGCGAAGCCU